AUUAUACAACUCUUUAGAGUCCAAGUAUUUUCAUAAUUAUCUCUUUUCUCUGACACCCUAUUCUGAAAGAGUUAGGAGAGGAAGUGGUGUAAUUUUUCUGUAGAAAAGAGUCCUUCGUACUUCAGAAAAGAUGAAUGAAGUUUAUAAGAUCUCUUGUAUCAAGACCAGACCAGUUAAUAUCCUACCAUUGGGUGGAUAGUUCAAAUAGAUGGUGUCUCUUCACUGACUCAAUUCUAUUUCCAUAUAAAGCAACAUCCAAUGACCAGAGGUGCCUUAAAUCCCAGAUAAAAUUUAUUAAGUCAUCUAGUUUAAGUCAUAAGAGACACGAUUCAACACAACUUAUUCUCUAUACAUUGUACUUUAUUUAAUCUACUUUAAUGUUUCUUUUUCCUCCCAGUAAAGGAUGAGAUACAAAAGAAAAAUUCUAUUAUUAUUCAUUUUAUUAUCUCUAUGGGCCUUGCAAAGAGAGUAUCGAUUCAGCACAAAGAAACUACAGAGGACAUAUCAAUGCUGGUCUGUGAAGGCUCAACCAGAAUUAAAUCUAUCAGACUGGUUUUUCCCCAGAGCAUCCACAAAUGCAACUACUGACUGGUUAGCUCCAGUUGUGUGGCAUGGCACUUAUAAAGAAGAAGUACUGGAAAAUUAUUAUGCACAUCAUAAAAUUACUGUGGGGCUGACUGUGUUUGCUGUGGGAAGAUAUAUUGAAUUCUAUUUGUUCAACUUUAUAUCAUCUGCUAAUAAGCAUUUUAUGGUUGGCCAGAAAGUCAUAAUUUAUGUUCUGACAGAUAAUUUGUCCAAGUUUCCUUGGAUACAGCUGAGUCCCCUCCGGACAAUCAAAGUUUUUGAAAUUAAGCGAGAGAAGAGAUGGCAAGAUAUUAGUAUGAUGCGCAUGAAGACCAUCAGCGAGCAUGUUGUAGAUCACAUACAAUAUGAAGUUGACUACCUCUUCUGCAUGGAUGUGGAUCAAGUCUUCAUGCAGAAAUAUGGAUUAGAGACCCUAGGGGAGUCAGUGGCUCAGAUACAUUCUCAUUGGUAUAAUGCACAUCCUAUAAAGGUACCUUAUGAGAGAAAUAACUUAUCAGAAGCAUACAUACCUAUUGGUAAGGGAGACUUUUAUUACCAUGCCGCUGUAUUUGGUGGCACUCCCAUUCAGGUUCUCAACAUUGCCAGGGAGUGCUUCAAAGGAAUCAUGAAUGAUAAGAAAAAUAACAUUGAAGCGGUGUGGCAUGAUGAAAGUCACCUAAACAAGUAUUUCUUUCUCCAUAAACCUACUAAACUCUUAUCUCCGGAAUAUAGCUGGGAUAUUGAUAAAAAACGUACUGGUGAAAUUAAAGCUAUUAAAAUCCGUUGGGCUCCUAAACAUUAUAACAUUCUUAGAGCAACACAUAAUAUUGAAGCCCUUCCUUUACAGUUCUGAAUUUAAGAGCAUUGUUUUGUCUUAUAUCUUAGGUAAUUAGCACUUGACAAAACUUAGCACUAAAAAGUCACUAACAAAAUGGCAAGCCCACCAACAUAGCACACUCAUACUCUCAUUUUGAACUGUGUAAAAUGAGAUGUAGCAGUUGCAAAAAGAAUGUGUUGACAAUAGAUGAUAAUAUAGCUAUUUCAUAUUCUCUGUGAAUGUUGAGGAUAUAUUAUUUGUUGGAUCACAUUCAACAAAAUAGAACCUGUCACAAGAAAGUGAAACUUGAAAUAUUUUCAUUGAUCAAAGUAGGUAUAUAUGCAUUUCUCAUAUUGCUUAAGGAAAGAGAUUAUCUAAAAGUGUGGGUAAGGGAAAGUCACUGCAACUAUACUAAUAUACUCUAUGUAAAACUUUGACGACAUUAAAGCUGCCACCAGAUGGGCAGACAAUUACUUAGGAAAUUUUGAGUCAUUCAAAAAGAACUAUGUAUUUUAAAACUUACAAACUUUUUGUUAUAAAAACUAAUGAAAAUAAAAAUAAUAUACGAGAAAAUUGAAAGCCUCCCUUUAUUCUCCCUUUGAAAACCUGCCCCUCAAUAUCCUAUAUAAUAAACGGU